UCUUUUCUCUUCGAUCUGUUUUUGUUACUGAUUUCUUCUGAUUGUUUCUACUCUCCUUUAUUUUUUAUUUCACCCUAUUAAUUGUUGUCUCCUCCAUUUCCUUAGUUUUUCUUGUAUAUAAAUUUUUCUCCUAUUUCUGUUUUUCCCAUUCUUUCAUUUCCAUAAACUUUUAUUUUUCUUCUUACUCCUCUUCAUGUUUUUAUUUUUCUGUCUUAAUAUUUUUCUUUUUCUUUAUUAAAGUCUUUCUUCUUACCGAUUUAUUCGUUAAAUCCUCUUUCUUCUUCCUUAUCUUCAUUUUCUUCUUAUCCUUCUUUUUCAGUCCAUUUCAGUUUAUUUUAUCUCAUUUCUUCAACUUAUUCACCCUCUAAUUCAAUUCUUCUUCCUUUUAUAACUUCCUAGGCAAUAUUAUUUUCCUCCACCUUUGUUUUGUUUCUUCCCACUUUUAUCCACUUUUACUGAAUUUUUUAAUCUUUUUCUACGUCUGUAUUCACUUGAGCUGCCUCUUCUUUCAAGUACUUUCCCUUAUCUUUCCAUUUUUCGGCUGCUUAUCCUUAUACCCACCACCAUCUUCAACUACUCUUUCUUCGUCCGUUUUCUCUUUUUCCAGAUCCGUUUUUUUUCUUUUUCGUCCUUUUUCUACUCUCUACUCAAUCGUUUACUUAUUCUUUUCUUCUAAUCGCCAUUUUCAUCCUCUUGUGGUCUCCUCCUAUUCAAAAUCCUCCGCCUCCUCCUCCCCCAUCUGUAACUCCCUCCCUUCAUCCCUUUCCUUUUCCACUAGCCCCCCAACCACUCAGUCUCUUCCUCUUUCCCGUUGUAUUCAUCAUCAUUCCUCCUUCUCUUCCUCCUCCUACUCCACCUCCUCCCCCUCCCAACAUGACUACUUCCACUCCUCCUUCACCUUCUAAUCUUUCUCCUCUUCUACAUCAGCGUUCAUCCACUCUUUCUCUCUCCCUUAUCUGUCUUUCUCUCUCACUCUCACUCUCUCUGUCUCGCUUAUUGUUUCUGGCGAAGUUUGGCUGGUCACUAGGCUCGCAGCUUCACUCUCAUCAUUGGCGAUCAAGGGCUGAGUUGAGAGCCCUCCAUGUGAAGCCUAUCUCUAGCAACACAUCUAAGCUGCAAUGGCCGACAUAACAGCCAGCAACGAAGGCUUCCAUGGUUAUGAGAAGCCUCCUCACAUCUCAAAAUGGGAGGCUUUCAAGAUUUUCAUCUACAAUCCUGAGAAGGGUAGCGUUCUCGGCAGGACUGGCUCAAGUUGGGCUAAGAUACUUCUGUUCUACCUGAUAUUCUACUCAGUGCUGGCUUCAAUGUUCGGCAUAAUGCUUUGGAUAUUCUACCACACAUUGGAUCCGAGAGUGCCCAGGUGGACGCUUGAUCAAUCGCUUGUUGGAAAUGUGCCAGGAUUAGGAUUCCGUCCAUGGCCCAAUGAUACGGACAGCAAGAGUACUCUGAUCUGGUACCGUGGCAAGGAGAAGCUGAGCUACAAGUUUUGGACAGAUACUUUGGAGAGCUUCCUAGAUGUUUACAGGAGGCCAGGUCUGACGCCGGGGAGGGGACAGAACAUCUACAACUGCGACUAUGAUCGACCGCCGGGACGCGGUCAGGUGUGCGACGUCGACGUCAAGAACUGGUUUCCCUGCACCUCUGAGAACAAUUUCAACUACCAUCAAUCGAGCCCUUGUGUUUUUCUCAAACUGAACAAGAUAAUUGGUUGGCAACCGGAGUACUACAAUGAGACUGAAGGCUUUCCAGAUAAUAUGCCAGGUGACCUCAAACGACACAUUGCCCAACAGAAGAGUAUCAACAAGCUGUUUAUGCAAACAAUCUGGAUAACUUGCGAAGGAGAGGGUCCUCUAGACAAGGAGAAUGCAGGGGAGAUCCAGUACAUCCCUAGACAGGGAUUUCCGGGCUACUUCUACCCUUACACUAAUGCCGAGGGCUACCUGAGUCCCUUGGUAGCCAUUCACUUCAAGAGGCCUAAAACGGGUGUAAUAAUCAACAUUGAGUGCAAGGCUUGGGCGAAGAACAUCUAUCACGAUCGCAAGGAGGGCAUCGGCAUAACUCACUUCGAGAUUCUUGUCGACUGACAAUCAAUCAAAGGCUGCUAACCGCCAUUUAAAACUUGAACCAAUCACAGAUGAUAGCUGCCAAUCACAACCGUCGGUUAUGAUUACUAAUUUCUGAAUUCUGAUUUCUCAUUAAAUGGUAAACUGAUAA